AUAUAAAAAGGACAGCAAAAAUACCGACUGAAAAAGCAGAAACGGGCGAAUGGAAAAGAAAAAAAGCAGUUACGAACCAAACUGUAAAAUUUGUGGAGGAAGUAAUCACAACUCUAGGAUUUUUCAUACCCUCGAUAUUAAAAGAAGGACAAGAACAAAGAACAAUUUUCGAUAGCAUAUCAAGAACAAAACAAACAAGAACUGAAAUGGAUUUCCGACGAAGCUCUUAUGGAAGAGUACACGCAGGCAGAAGAUUUUCAGGAAUACCCAAUGAAGAAUGGCAAACCAUGACUCCAAGUGAACGAGGAAACAAAUCAAUGAUUUGUUGUAGAGGAAUUGAGGCACGAGAUCUGAAAAGAAUAUACAAUGAAGUAUAUUUAGAAAAAAUACUCAGGGAAAGAGGUAGUAAAGAAUUCCAUUGCUGUACCUGUAAAGGACUAAUGGAUAUAAACGAAUUGAGAAAUUGUAAACGGGAAAGAACGGAACCAAGAAUAUCAUACAAAUGCGAAGUUUGUGAAAACGGAAAAGAAACAUGGUAUGAAAUUAAUAAAUGGGAAAUAACGAGAAUAGUAAAUAGAAUCGGAAUAAAAAAAAAUUGGAAUUAUGGAUGUGGAUGUAAUCCAAACGAUAUCAGUACACAUUUCGGAGGAAACGAAAGAACCUCUCGACAACACUGUUGUGAUAAACUGGAAAGAGGAGAAGAAGUUCCAGAAGAAUGGAAACGGCAGAAAGUAACGAAGUGCGAUGUAUGCCAAAAAGAAUUCCCCAGACGAAAGAAUCAAAGCGGAUAUAGCCAAAAUAAGAGUAUAUGUGACUUAGAAUGCCAGGUAGCAUUGGCAGCAGCAACAGAAGCAGAACGGUACUCCGAAAUACGGGAAGAAGUACGAAAAAGAACGGAAGGAUCAGGAAAAAGAUUCAGAAAUACAAGAAGUUAUAGUAAUAAUAAGACCGGAAUAUUAAGGUUGGCAGGACUAUACUUCAGAAAGAAUAAGCAGGGAGAACCUGUAACGGAUGAACAAUUAAAACAGGCAAAAGAACCUCAAGAAGAAGAUGAAUGGACCCAUACGGGAAGAAAUUGGACAGAAGAUGAAGAAAUAAGACUGCAUAAUAUAAUGCAACGGAUAAAUUAA